AUGAACUUGGUCCCUUAGUUAAAUCUUGAGCUUCAACCAUUUAACAAUCAAUAAGUGCCUCUUUUAUUACAUUCUGAAAAAGAUAACAUAGAAGAAUAGAGGUCCUUCUUUACAGUCUUGUUUUUUUUGGAUAUUUAUUCAUUGAUGAAGGUAUUGGAAUCUAUGUAAUUUAGCACUCUAAAAAAUAAUCUCUUGAGAGUGAUUAAAUCAAAGAUUUAAGGUAUCAGAAGAGAUCUCUCAAAUUACAUGAAUAGUUUUCUAAUCAUCUGUAAAAGGAUGGCAAACUGAUAAAAUAGCUUUUAGUUUUCUUUCUGUGUAAAUAUUCUUAAUCAUAUUAGAUCCCCUUCUUAAAGUUAUUGCAAUUCUAUUACAGCUAACACUAGGAUAGCUUUGCAUGCCUUGGUUAAUAAAAACCGUAAUUGAUUACAUACAGAGCAAGCAUCGAAAUGAAAAUGAGGCAAUCUAUUUAAUUUUGUCUGUUUUAUUUCUCAGAAUUAUAAACAUUUUCACUUAAGCACACUCACGAAGAAUGAUUGUAUAUAGCAAUUAUAUUAAUAAGCUUUGUAUUGGGUAUGAUGCUAUGUCAGUAGUCAGUAUGGAAAUAAUGAGAAAAUGUUUAAAAAUUUCAUUAUUCAGUGCUACAGAAUGGUCGAGUGGAGAAAUAACAAACUUGAUCUAAGUGGAUGCUCAGAAACUCAUCCUGAUUACUAGUUACAUUUCAAGUGUAUUAAUGAUACCAUUAUAACUUGGAAUCAGUUUGUAUUUAAUGUAUAGUAUGAUUGGUCUGUCAUUUUUGAUCGGGUGUACAAUCAUAUUGAUAAUGAUACUUUUUAAUAUCUUUACAGGAAAGUAAAUCAUAAAUUCAUAAAGGACACUAUUGAAGGAUAAAGAUGAAAGAACAAAAAUAGCUAAUGAGAUAUUUUCUUAAAUUAAAUUUAUCAAAAUUAAUGCUUUAGAAGACCACUUUUUAUCGAAAGUUUCAGAAGCAAGAGGAAAGGAAAUUAAUAGCAUCAAAAAUAGACUCUAUUAUUAGGCUGUCAAUAUAUUUUCUGUAUGGCUGACACCCUAAUUAAUUUUGAGUAUGACAUUUGGAUUAUAUGUGUAUUUGGGACAUUAAUUAAAUCCCAGCACAACUUUUGCUAUCAUAAGCCUAUUUUAGAUCUUGCAAUAGCCUUUGCUUCAAUUACCAAUAGCAAUAAACUCCUUGAUAGAGGCCAAACUUUCAUUGAAAAGAAUAUCGAAAUUUCUAAACACAAAGGAUCUGAUGACUAAUUGUAUACAAGCAUAGGAAUUAUGA